GCCGCGCUACCGCCUCUCUGUCUAUCCGCGCGCGCGCUACCUGAAUCGACUCACCCGGGAUGCUGCAAUUGUUGACAAUGCCGGCGAGCGAGAGGGAGUGAGAGGGGGCGAGAGUGUGUCGCGGGGUUCCGCGCGAUUCCGCAUUUCGGCCCCGACAGCCGAACGAGCGGGUGCCCGCGGGUUCUCCGGUUCUAUGCAUGACACUCGGACGGUCGCCGCUAAACCGAAACCUUAUACGAGAGUGCGGGCGCGUGCGCGCGUUAACCGGGAACCGUAAUCUAUCCCUUAUCCGUUUGUCUCGAACGGUAAACGUCGAAUUCCGCGAUGCCUCGACGAUGGUGCGCGUAUUAGGUAUCCGCCGGGUCCUGGCACACACAGUGUAGUCGAGAGCAGUAUCGAUUCCGCGCCGCCGCGAACGAAUACGGUUGGUGUGCGCCGAUCGCGCCCGGGGAAAGCCUCAGAAUCGUCCUCUCCGGGAUGGGGGCGAGCGUCGUCGAGUACGCGGUUUCACGCCCGGUUCGCGACGCGCGGUGAUCGCAUCGUCAUCAUCAUCAUCGUCAUCGUCAUCGUCAUCAUUCGCGAGUGCCGAGUUAACGAGUCAAAAAGCAACGGACGAGAUGUCGCUCCCCCGUGGCGUCGGCCUCGGCGUCGACGUGGGCCAACUGAUGCAGCAUCAGCAGCAACAGCAGCAACAUCACGUGCUGCCGGCCGCGUUCUUCCUGCGCGCUAGUGCCGAGAGAUAUCAGCGGACCCCCAAGUGCGCGCGCUGUCGUAAUCACGGAGUCGUGUCCGCGCUCAAGGGCCACAAGCGUUAUUGCCGAUGGCGGGAUUGCGUUUGUGCCAAGUGCACCCUCAUCGCCGAGAGGCAACGCGUCAUGGCUGCUCAGGUCGCGCUGAGACGACAGCAGGCCCAGGAGGAGAGCGAGGCGCGCGAGUUGGGCCUGCAAUUGCAAUACAAUACCGGCAGCUGCACCACUGCUCCCGUUCUACCGGCGGCCGCCGGCGCGACGCCAGCUGGUAGCCCGCCCCCGCACCCGGCGCACGUAGCGAGUCCGGCGGGCCUCGCGAUACCCGCGGCUGCCGCCGCCGCGGCCGCAGCCGCCGCCGCGCACAUCCAGACGCAGCUUCAGCAUCAACCCUCCGAGUGCGGCCUCCUGCCGAGAAAGAGGUCCAGCCAGGACGAGUACCGGCAGCCCAAGGUCGAGAAGAGCGACGCCGUCGUCGGAUCGAGGCGAUCCAGGAUCUCCGAGAGCACGACGGCAACGAUCCUGUCGACCAGCGACAUCGGUAACGAGGAUGAUCGUGAUUCCGACUCUGGUGGCGAGCUGCGAGCCGAUCAUUCAUUAGUGGUGCCGACUUCGUCGGGGAUACCGGAAUCCGGGGAGGCGACCCUGAGGAAGCGCACCAGCAGCCCGAACGACUCCGAGGACGGCAGUCCCGAGCCGGCGGGCUCGCAGAGUCCGACGCACACCCCGCCGUUGACGCCGGCCUUGACGCCCCAGAGGGAGGACACCCCGGCGCCGGAGAACCUCAGCCUACGCAAGAGCGGCAGUCCUCCGCAGCAGACGCAGCAGACCUCCAUACAGCCGGUGGAUCUGGUACAGCCUAGGCCCAGUCCUCCGCUACCCCCAUUAGCCGCAGCGGCGACGGUGCACUUUCCUCCGUAUGCGCCUCUCUACGGGCCGACGGCGAGCCCGUUGGCGUAUUGCACGCCGGCGCUGUAUCAGCAUCAGCACCACCAUCACAUACCCGAACCGCGAGAGAUUCAGAUGCAGAUGCAGAUGCAAAAUCUCCAGCAGACCUGCGGCUUGCAGCUCCAGCAACAGCAACAACAGCAGCAGCAACGUUCCCCGGUAGACGUCCUGCUGCGCGUGUUUCCAGGAAGACGUCGCGGCGACGUCGAGGCGCUUCUCCAUCGUUGCAAAGGCGACGUGCUGUCCGCCAUGGAGGUGCUGGUCUGCGAGGACAGUCUGCAGCCGAAGUCGGCGUUCUCGCCUCUGGCGGGCGCCCUGGCCUCGGCCGCCGCGGCUUCCGCAGCCUCCGUCUCAGCGUACGCGAGCCGGGCGGCGUACUGCACCACCCCAAUCCCGUCGACGCGGCACCGCUUCCUGGCCGCGCCUUACACCGGCACGGGUUACCUGCCCACGGUCAUCAAGCCGCCUAACCAGAGCCUGCACGCGAACGGCACCGCCGGGGACGCCUACCGGGAGACCAGUCCUGACGACGCCAGCGACAAGACCAGCUACUCCGAGUGACCGGACGAAGGCCACGUCGCCGUCUGGUCGUAUCCCUCGGUGGUCCCGUGACUCGGGACGACGACGCGAGUUCCUGGGCGAAGAGACGUGAGUCUUCUCCUCUUCUCGUUGUCAGCUGUCAUCGCAUCGGGUGACCAAGAGAUAUUAUUUCAAAGCCUGUAAUCGCGACGACAAUGACACGAUCGGGAAAAAGUCUCGAGAGUUAUUGAUCGAUCGGGUUAUCGUCACCCUGGCGGAAUCGACAAUCCCUCCUAAUCGAGAAGCCAACCGCUUGAAAAGAUCGAGUCUUCCAGCAUCUCCUAUAGCGAACGUGAUUUGAUCUCCGAAUACGCAGGAUGGACGAGAGAACGGAAUUUAAAUAUAUGCUACGAGAGAGGUUCUUCUCUUCCGAUUCUUUCGACUGGACACCGUUUUUAAAUCAUCUUUACACACGACGGAUAAAUUUAGUGAUCGGCCGUCCUUUCGCUAGCUAAGGAUAUACGUAAUUUCGAUGGUUAGCAGAAUACAUAUGUGUGCGGCGGAAAAAGAAACUAUAUGACGUUGAGAAAUCGAGAGGAAACCAUAGAUCCGAAGAAUCGGAUCCCACUCAUUAUCGACGCUUUGCGAGCAAAUAUGUAAGUCAGAUGACAAACGAUCGCAAUGAAGCUGUUCCAGUAGACAAUAAACGAAAAUAAAUAUCGUCGCUUUUUGCAUCUCUGCGAGGGCGCCGAGAGGGCGUCGAGGAUGUCUGACAAUCCGUUUUAAUAUCCAUACACGUAUAUACAUUUCUCUACGCGCGGAAAAGAUGCUCGGAUUAAUCAGAUAUCUCCGCGUUAAAAAUAUAUAAUUUCCGCGCCGAUCGCUGAAUUCUCGUAUGACGACGAAUCUCUUCGAUGCGAGGAAAGGAGCGCCGGAGGAUGAAAGGAUCCGCGCACGACCGCGAUUCGUCUCCAGAGUAUAUACUUUAUACAUGUGUAGAUAAAGACUAAAUAUAGACAGAGAUAUGUGUGCGUGUGUGUGUGUGUAUGUAGGUAACAAGUUCUCGAGACGAGUAUAUCGGCCAAACUGAGGAGGGUGAGUCUGUAAAUACAACGUCUAUAUAGCUAAUUUGAUCUUGCAUUAAUCAUGAGAUUUGCCGGAAUAUGUUAAACGCGCGUACAUUACAACACGUAAUAUACAUGUAAGUGUUUGCCUGUAAGUAAAUAACGCCUGCAAGAUAUUUAGAUUUUAGCCGCUAGCGGAACCGGAAGCAUCGUUUUACCGUAGUUACCACAAGAAAUGACAUGUUACUCGAAAAAAAUGUAUAGAUACCGAAGAUACAUCCAAUAAAUAAGAUAUUGAUACUCCA